UUCUAUGGCUUCAAUUACUCUCUUUUUCAUUCUUUUCCUACAUUCAUCGCUUGCAAUACUAGUUGCAAGUGAUGUUUCUAACCAGAUUGAGUUAGAAACUUACAUUGUUCACGUACAAAAACCUCCUGCAAGCAAGGUUUUAAGUGACUUGGAAAGUUUGGACAGCUGGUACAGCUCAUUUUUACCAGCCACCACAGCCGACACAAAUGAGGAGCCACGCAUGGUUUAUUCCUAUCACAAUGUUUUCACAGGCUUUGCAGCCAAAUUAUCUUCUGAGGAAGUGAAAGCAUUGGAAAAUGUGGAAGGAUUUGUAUCCGCGCGGCCUCAAAAAGUUGUAUCAUUACAUACAACUCAUUCUCCUGAUUUUCUUGGUUUGCACCAAAAUUUUGGCUUUUGGAAGGAGUCAAAUUAUGGAAGGGGGACAAUUAUUGGAGUGUUGGACACCGGAAUUAGGCCUGAUCAUCCGUCUUUUGCGGACGAAGGGAUGCCUCCUCCACCUGCUAAGUGGAAGGGAAGAUGUGAGUUCAAUUUCACUGGAGCAUGUAACAACAAACUCAUUGGAGCAAGGUUUUUUAGGAGUGCUGGAGGAGGGACGCCCUUAGAUGAAGAAGGCCAUGGAACUCAUACUGCAAGUACAGCAGCUGGAAACUUUGUCAAAGGGGCUAAUGUAUUUGGCAAUGCUAACGGGACUGCAGUUGGAAUUGCACCAUUUGCUCAUGUGGCCAUGUACAAAGUAUGUUCAAGUUCUUGCCCAGAAAGUGACAUACUGGCUGCAAUGGAUGUUGCAAUUGAUGAUGGCGUCGACAUUCUUUCCAUUUCGAUUGGUGGGUUUUCUAGUUCUUUCUAUGAUGACAACAUAGCACUUGGUGCAUUCAGUGCAAUGGAGAAAGGGAUCUUUGUGAGCUGCUCAGCCGGAAACAACGGUCCAUUCAGUAGCUCUUUGGCAAAUGAGGCCCCUUGGAUUCUCACAGUUGGUGCAAGUACCAUUGAUAGAAAAACAACGGCCACUGCUGUGCUUGGAGACAAUCAAGAAUUUGAUGGCCAGACGCUUUUCCAGCCUAAGAAUUUCCGUCACACACAACUGCCUCUCAUUUACCCCGGAUUAUUGAAUGCAAGUGAUUUCGGUGCUCCAACUUGUGGUUCAAGCACACUGAACAAGACUGAUAUCAGGGGCAAGAUCGUGUUGUGCAUGAUAGGUGGAUCAACAACAAGAAUUGAAAAAGGCAAAUUAAUAAAAGAUGCUGGCGGUGCUGGAAUGAUACUCAUGAACACUCAAUCCCGAGCCAAUACUACAUUAGCAGAUGCUCAUGUUCUCCCUGCUACUCACAUUGGUUAUGCAGAUGGACAGAAGAUCAUAAGCUAUAUAAACAGAACUUCCAAUCCUACUGCUACAAUCAUGUUCAAAGGAACUAUAAUUGGAGAUGUUCAUGCUCCAGCUGUUGCGGGGUUUUCCUCUAGAGGUCCUAGCUUGGUGAGCCCAGGGAUCUUGAAGCCUGAUAUUAUUGGUCCUGGAGUAAACAUCCUUGCAGCUUGGCCUGUCUCUGUCGAGAACAACACCAACGCAACAUCCACAUUCAACAUUAUCUCUGGCACUUCAAUGUCUUGUCCUCAUCUUAGCGGUAUUGCUGCACUUCUCAAAAGUUCCCAUCCUGAUUGGUCUCCGGCUGCUAUUAAAUCAGCAAUCAUGACCACUGCUGAUCUACUAAACAUUGAGAACAGGCUUAUUGAGGAUGAAAGAUACCUUCCUGCUAACAUUUUCGCCACUGGUGCAGGCCAUGUCAAUCCCUCAAAAGCAAAUGACCCUGGACUUGUUUAUGACAUCCUUCCUGAAGAUUACACUCCAUAUUUGUGCGGCUUGAACUAUACAAGUCGACAAGUUGCUAUCAUUUUACAACGAAAGGUGAACUGCACAGAAACCAUACCUGAAGCACAGCUGAAUUAUCCUUCAUUUGCCAUCAGACUAGGAUCAUCAAGCACUCCCCAGACGUAUACAAGAACCGUUACUAAUGUUGGUGAUGCUAAUGAAUCUUACAAGGUCCAGAUUAUUCCACCAACAGGUGUUUCCGUAGCUGUUGGGCCUUCAACACUCAACUUUUCAGAGCAGAACCAGAGGUUGACAUAUCAAGUGACUUUUAGCCGAACGGCAAAUAGCUUCAGUGGCACAGUCCAUGGAUUUGUUAUCUGGUCUUCUGCCAAGCACUUCGUCAGGAGCCCAGUAGCAGCUACUUUUCAAGAUGCAGAUGCCACGCCUGAUAAUUCAUUGCUUCUCUUUCCCAAUUUUGCAGUUUUUGAAAAACUCUGUUGUUCUUUAAACAUGGCUGGCAUGUUUGUUUUCCCUAUUGCUUUCUUGCUUUUUAACUUCUCUUCAGCAUUUUCUGAUGAAACAAAACCAGUACCAGUCCAAACACAGCCAGCGAGAGACCCCUUAAAAAAUUUAACAACUUACAUUGUUCAUUUAAGGCUGCCUGCUGGUGAUAAUUCUACCCAGUUGAAUGACCUGGAAAGCUGGUACCAGUCCUUUUUGCCAAAAAAUACAACAGGCCUGAAUGAUGCAUCGCGCAUGGUUCAUUCCUACCGACAUGUUUUCACCGGCUUUGCAGCCAAACUAUCACCUGAGGAAGUUAAAGAAAUGGAGAAGAAAGAAGGAUUUCUAGAUGCUAGACCUGAAAAAACCUUGAACCUGCAGACAACCCACAGUCCUAAGUUCCUGGGUCUGUAUACCAACCACCAAUUUCAGUGGCAAUAUGGACGUGGAGAAGGUGUCAUAAUAGGCAUUAUAGACAGUGGAAUUACACCUGGCCAUCCAUCCUUUAGUGAUGAAGGUAUGCAGCCUCCACCACCUUCUUGGAAAGGCAAAUGUGAGUUUGUUGGAACUGGAUGCAAUAAAAAGCUCAUUGGCGCAAGGGACUUACUCGGCCCUAAACCUGGACAACCUCUUGACGAAAUUGGUCAUGGCACUCAUACUGCUAGCACAGCUGCUGGAAAUUUUGUGGAAGGUGCAAAUGUAUUGCGCCAAGCCAAUGGCACAGCUGCUGGGAUGGCCCCUCGUGCACACUUGUCCAUUUACAGAGCCUGCUAUCCUUCUGGAAUGUGUACUGAGAGCGCCAUUGUAGCUGCAAUGGAUUUUGCUAUCCAAGACAAUGUUACUAUGCUGUCCAUGUCACUUGGUGGACCUUCUAAACUUCCUUUCUUUGAUGACCCCAUUGCUCUCGGAGCUUUCCAAGCAAAUAAAAAGGGCAUUUUUGUGAGCUGUUCUGCUUCCAACUCUGGUCCAGAAAAUGGUUCUUUAUCAAACGAGGCUCCCUGGAUUCUCACGGUUGGUGCAAGCACAAUUGACAGGGACAUUAGGGCAACAGCCUUACUAGGCAACGGCGAUGAAUUUGAUGGUCAGUCUAUAUACCAACCAACAGAUUUUCCUCCCACUUUAUUACCUCUAGUUUAUCUAGGAAUGAAUGGUGACACAUUUGCUGCACAAUGUACUGAAAACUCGUUGAAAAAGGCCGGUGUCAAAGGAAAGGUUGUAUUAUGCGAGACAAGUGAUCUCAUGGCAACAGUUGAACAAGGCCAAAAUGUGAAGGAUGCUGGUGGCGCUGCCAUGAUUAUCAUGAACCAGGAGAUUGAAGGAUACACCAUUAUUGCCGAUCUUCAUGUUCUUCCUGCAACACAUGUGAGUUUUGCUGCUGGACAAGCUAUCAAGGCUUACAUAAAUUCGACAUCCAUGCCUCGAGCAACAAUACUGUUCAAGGGAACGAUUUUAGGAGUCAAGAAUGCACCUGCAGUUGCCUCAUUCUCCUCAAGAGGACCCAACAAUGCUAGCCCAGGCAUUUUGAAACCUGACAUUAUUGGGCCUGGAGUUAACAUCCUUGCUGCAUGGCCUCAGUCUGUCGAGAACAUCGCAAACACAAGUUCAACAUUCAACAUACUCUCUGGUACCUCAAUGUCAUGUCCUCACCUUACUGGCAUUGCCGCCUUAUUAAAAAGUGCACAUCCUAAUUGGUCCCCAGCUGCUAUCAAAUCAGCUAUCAUGACCACUGCCAGCUUCGUGAACAGAAAUGAUGGCCACAUCCACAAUGAACAGAUGUUUCCUGCAGACGUAUUUGCUACUGGUGCUGGCCAUGUGAACCCCCCAAGAGCUAUUGACCCCGGGCUAACAUAUGACAUACAACCAGAUGAUUACAUUCCCUAUUUAUGUGGCUUGGGUUACACAGACGACCAAAUUAUGAAAAUUGUGCAGAGCCCAGUUAAAUGUUCAGCUAUCCACAGAAUUCAAGAAGCAGAGUUGAACUAUCCUUCAUUUGCGAUUCAACUCAAGUCUAGUAAGCAGACAUACAAAAGGGUAGUAACAAAUGUUGGCGAGGCUCUUUCAACAUAUUAUGUUGACAUUGACAAGAUUCAGGGUGUUGAAAUCGAUGUUCAGCCUAGAGUGCUCAACUUCAGAAAGGUCAACCAGAAGAUCACCUACCAAAUAAGUUUUAGAAGGCUAAACAUGUCCGUUGGAAAUUGGUAUGAGCAAGGGGCAAUCACAUGGAAUUCUGAAAAGCACAGAGUCAGAAGUCCAAUCUCUGUUAAAUUUGCCUAAACGAAGAAGUUGGCUGUUAUCCUGUAAUAAUCUAGCAGCUAAAGUUCCAAUUGCUUUCUAAAUAAUCAAAUUACUACCCACUGAAUUGAUUACAACAGAUUUGUUUUCAAGGUUCAGCUA